AUGAGGCUCGACAACGGAGGUCUCCCGGGAUCUUGGCUUGUGCAAUUAAACAAGGCCACGUGGGGAGAAAGGACGGACGGCCCUGUCCGUGCUCUAGCAACUGCUGUAACCAAAUAUGUUAAACUCCGAAAACGGGCUGCAUCUCAGAGACUCCUAAAUCACCUAAAAGUUCCACCGGUGGAGGAGAGCGUGCUGAACCUGGGCAAGUUCCUCACGCUGGUGCGCCUCGUGGCCUUCGCGCCCUUCAAGUCCGCCCAGAGCGCCCUCGAGAACAUCAACGCCGUCUCCGAAGGUGAGGAUCACACAGCGAGUGUCGCAAGGUCACAGAGCAGCGUAGCCAAUCAGAUCAUGGAAGGCGGAAGGCCAACGGAGUUAAUUCAAGAGGAAGGCUGGGCCUCCUGCCCCAGUUGGACACAGGCCAUUCUGGAGGCUUCCCGCUCAUCCAUGGGGAUGGACAUCUCUCCCAUUGACCUGAUCAACAUUGAGAGGUUUUCCAGCCGCGUCAUCUCGCUCUCUGAAUACCGCAAAGGCCUGCAGGAGUACCUCCGCUCCAAGAUGAGCCAAGUGGCCCCCAGUCUCUCAGCCCUAAUUGGCGAAGUGGUGGGUGCGCGCCUGAUCUCCCAUGCUGGCAGCCUAACCAAUCUGGCCAAGUACCCGGCCUCAACGGUCCAGAUACUGGGCGCAGAGAAGGCCCUCUUCAGGGCCUUGAAGACACGGGGCAACACCCCCAAGUACGGCCUGAUCUUCCACUCCACUUUCAUUGGGCGUGCAGCCGCCAAGAACAAAGGCCGCAUCUCCCGCUACUUGGCCAACAAGUGCACCAUUGCCUCCCGGAUCGACUGCUUCUCAGAGGUCCCAACCAGUGUCUUCGGGGACAAGUUGCGGGAGCAGGUUGAGGAGCGGCUGGCUUUCUACGAGACGGGAGAGCCCCCUCGGAAGAACCUGGACGUCAUGAAGGAGGCCGUGGUGGAGGCCACAGAGGUGGCUGCGGAGAUCAAAAAGAAGUUGGAGAAGAGAGAGAAGAAGAAACGGAAACGUGAGAAGAAGCGCCUGGAGGCGCUGGCAGCUGCUGCGGAGGACUCCGUCCAAGAGACCACGGCAGAGGCAAAUGAGACAGAGCCCAAAAAGAAGAAGAAGAGAAAGCGGCAAGAGGAGGCAGAGUUGGAGGCGGAACCGGAGCCGGCUGAAAAUGGCCUGGAGCCCGAAGUUGUGCCCAAGAAGAAGAAGAAGCUGCAGCCACCGCCUGCAGUGGAGACCCCGGAGAAGAAGAAGAAAAAGAAGAACAAAAAGGCACACCUGGAGCAGGACAGUGAUGACACAGACUAGCAGGGGGUGUGGCCUGGCCGAGGCCCGAGAGCCCUAGCCCGAGAGCCCUUCUGGGGGGGGGGGUGUCUCCACUCUCCCCAGCAUUUUCCCGGCAAGAGAAUGUAACCCAGGCUGGACCUUUGUUGCCAAAAAGACUGGGCCGGAGGCCACCUGGGCCAUGGUUGCAGGCCUCCGAUGCACGCACACGCUCCGCUCUGUCUGAGUAGGGAUGCAGGGGGCGGGGGCGGGGUUGCCCUGCCUCAUUGUGCCGACCACUGGGGAGCAGCAGUCGCUGCACAAGUGGAGCUUUGUAAAGCAGUACAUUUCAUUUUCCAAUAAAGGAUACUGUUUA